UCACAAUGCGUCUACGAAUUUCUCUGCGGGUGUCAUUAUCGGCAAUUACACACAAGUAAAAUCUGCUUAGCUUCAGAUUGGUGUACGUUUCCCCCAUCGUCCCAAAUUUCUCUGCCAUAAUGUCGAUGUCAAAGGUGAAGCCAAGAAGCUGGCCGGACUUCCUGAAGCUUGUGUCACUCGUAUGUAUUUCCGCUCUUCACACAUAACUCGAUCCAUCGUCGCCUUUACCAAUAGCGACAGUUUAUUCAGAAAUCCGUAUUCGAUAUUCCUGCUGUGCCUGUUAAUCGAUACUCCGCUGAGCGUGCUUCCAAACAAUCGCUGGUAGAGUCGUUAAGAACCAAGGAAGAUUACACAAAAAAAAACUGGUAUAAAGAACACUUGAAUGAAGAAGACUCUCAAGAAAAGUUCAAAAGACUUCCAGAACGAGCUCAAAAGUUUGGCUGCCUUGAAGGCGAUUUUAGAUCAUCUCGUUUUUAUUCGGGCUCGCACUUGUUCGUUUGUCUUCGGAUCUAUCCAUCGCAGUUAUCCAUGACUUGAAAUUUUCAUUCGAUUUGUCAAUUCUGUUUGAGAAACUGUUCGGAUACGGAUCGCGUUUUUGUCCUCUUUCAGUCCCAUUCGGUUCGAUCGACCCGGUUUAUCUUGGAAAUCACGUUUACCACUGCAUAAAAAUAUCAAAUUUACGGGAGAAAAUUUGAAAAACUUUCCAAUAAAAUUACCGCAAAUCAACUGAAGACAACGAAAUGUCCACCGUUCAAAAAUGCCAUGCCGAGGGUUUGCUGCAGCCACUACGAAGAUCAUCCCUACUGGCCGUGCGGCAACAACUGGUCGAGAAGAUUCCCGAUCAUCACGCAUUGAAAUCGCGCGGUUACCUCCUGGGGCGUCGCAUUGCAAAGGGGACCUUUGCAACGGUAAUGCGAGCAAAGUUCUACGAUCCAAAACAAGACAACGAUGGCUCGCAGACUCCGUUGGAACUGGCCUGCAAAAUCAUCGAUGAGAGCAAAUCGAAGGAUGAAGAUUUUCUAAAGAAGUUUCUACCGAGGGAAUUGCAAAUCCUUGAACGGAUCGAUCAUCCCAACAUCAUCCAGACACACAGCAUCCUGCGAAGAGGAUGCCGGGUGUUCAUUUUCAUGCGACUUGCCGAGCGAGGAGACUUGCUGAGCUUCAUCCGGAAAUAUGGCGCCCUUUCGGAAGAGCGAAGUCGCUUCUGGUUCUACCAAAUGGCAGAUGCCAUCCGGUACCUCCAUCGGUUGAAUAUUGCCCACCGGGAUCUCAAAUGUGAGAACGUGCUCAUUUCGAAGAACAUGAACAUCAAGCUGUCGGACUUUGGAUUCGCUCGCACCUGCAUCGAUGAAACCGGGGUGGCCUUGAUGUCAAAGACUUUCUGGGGAUCAGCCGCGUAUGCAGCACCGGAGAUCGUCAGUGGGAAAGCGUACAUCCCAAAAUCGGCGGAUCUCUGGUCUCUGGGAGUGGUGCUGUUCAUCAUGCUCAACGGGACGAUGCCGUUCGAUGAGAAGAACCUGAAAAAGCUGAUCAAAUGUCAACUGGCGAGGCAGUUUACCUUCCGGCCCCAAGUGGAAAAAGCCAUUUCAUUGGAUGCGAUACAGAUGGUGCGCUACUUGCUCGAACCGGAUCCGAUCGAUCGGAUCAACAUCGAUGAAGUCAUGCAGGAACGGUGGGAGGAAAAGUUGGUUUUUGAUGACAAUAAAAGUUAA